GGAAACUGAAGACGGCGACCCCAUAGAGGUCAAAGGUCACAAUAACAUGGGAGACGAUCUGCUGGCCAAAUUUUGGAGCAAAUGGUUUGUAAUUCCGUCCGUGGCAGCGGCAGGACUGUGCGCUCUGCACUAUGUGUACUACCUGCUGGUACUGAGGGGCCGGUGGUGCCACAGUACCGCCCGACUGGACGGCAAGACUGUCGUCAUCACAGGUGCCAAUGCAGGUAUCGGCAGGGAGACGGCGCUGGAUCUCGCCCGUAGAGGCGGGCGGAUCAUCCUGGCCUGCCGCAGCCGCGAGCGCGGGGAGGAGGCCAGGCAGGACAUCAUCCGACAGACAAACAACCAGAACGUCGUGUUCCGCAAACUGGACCUGGCCAGUUUGGCCUCCGUACGGCAGUUCGCAGAGGAGAUGUACCGAGAAGAAGGGAGACUUGAUAUCCUGAUCAACAAUGCCGGCCUGUGCUGGCACUCUGACGAGAAGACUGCAGAAGGGUUUGACCUCCAGUUUGGAGUGAACCAUUUCGGCCACUUCCUCCUGACCAACCUCCUGCUGGACCUGCUGAAGAAGUCUGCCCCCUCCCGUAUCGUAGUGGUCUCUUCCAUGAUGCACACACAUGGGAAGCUGGACUUCACACCGACCAAUAAACACGGAGACAGAUACCCCAACCUGAAGUCGUACUGGCCAAGCAAGCUGGCCAACAUCCUGUUUGCAAGAGAGUUGUCUAGAAGACUGGAGGGCACAGGUGUAACAGUAAAUUCACUCCACCCCGGGGUGAUCUACACGGACCUGUGGGACAGUAUCAAGGCAGAUCAUGGGCUUGUCUGGGGAACCAUCAUGAAGGGAUUCUGCUGGGUCCUGAUGAAGAGUGCACGUGAGGGAGCCCAGACUACCAUCCACUGUGCUGUGGAGGAAACUCUACAGAAUGUCACUGGCAGGUACUUUGCAGACUGCAGCAUAGCGGAGGAGUCUGAAGAUGCAAGGGACGAUGGUCUAGCUAAGAAGUUGUGGGAAGUUAGCGCAGAGGUGACAGGAUUGGAGUAAACUCUGAACUAUAAUCUAUGAUUUGACUGUGUUUUCGUACUAUACGUUUGAAAAACAUUCUCAGCAAACUCAAAUAGACUACUGCAUAUAUAGGAGAUGAGGAGCACUGACUGGUUCCUCCUUUCCUUGGAAUAUCAACAAAGUUGAAGUGUCCUAACUGUUGCAGGAACUACAUGGGAAGAUAGGAUUGAUAAACCCCACUAGAUGCUACACACGAGUGCUACCAUCAUCUUUCAAUAUGCAAGAAUGCCCACUACUACUGAUAUGUGACCAUGUACGGGUCUAUCUACCUGUGUGAGUCCAUGGAUUGUGUUAGUCUGUUUUUUUGCUUUAUGCUUGAAUUGAAGAAGAACUGAAGAUAGAAACUGUAUACAUUUUGUUAAAAACAAAAAGACUUUCAGGUGAAGUUUUCUCAGAAAAGGCGUGGAAUGUCAUGCA